AUGGACAAUACAUUCUUUUUUCUUGCAUUUAUCCCUCUUUCGCUCUUCCUUAUAGAAACUGUCAAAACCGCCAUGAGUGAAAUGGAGGCUGACGAAGACUUUUUCGAAGAUGGCUUUAAUGAACAAGAUCUAGAGAUGACUGUGGCCUUUGAAGAGCAAUGGGUGUCUUCUCAAGCAGCUCCUUUAUUUCCAGCCUUGGACGAUGAACCCACUGACGCAGCCUUUCCAAUCGCACCACUACCGCCACCAUUGUCAGAACAAGCACCACCUUCAUUACCAGUACCACCAGCACGACAGCAGUAUCAUCACCAUCAGCAAAGACAUUCUCAAGGGGAACCAGCAGUCGAUAGUGAAUCUGCCAGAAUCAUUGCAGAACUAAAGCACAAAUUAUACAUUAAAGAGCACGAGAAGAAAGAUUUAGAGAAAAAGUUGCGAGAUAGCCAAGACGUACUCAGGACAAAAGAGUUAGAGCAUCUCAAUUUGAAGCGUCAAGUGCUAUCGAAAUCCACACAGCCAUCAUCCUCCACUCAAAACAGCAAACGGGUAUUUCCUCAAGCCCCUCCUCGCCCCAAAUCCAAGAUCAGAAAGACUGUUAUCACACCUUCUCAAAGCUUUAGAUCACCCACAACAUCAUCUUUAGAGAUUUCCAAUGCAAUGGAGUCCAUUCACUUGUCAUCUCAGCAUCCAAGUCCUGCUAUUCGUCAGCCCUCAUCCAUGCAAUCACUUACAGCUUGUACACAGCAAAAUACCCUUUCUAUCAAAUCAGAACCAAUGGUUGUUUCCGAACUUAGAACUAUCCCCCCCUCUGUGCUAAAUAGUAGCGAAAGUCGAUCUGCUUUACCGCCUAGACCUCCAUCAUUGUCAGUAGGCUGUUCCGAUGCACCACAGCAGCAAAUGUACAUAUCGAAAAAUUCAUACCAUCUCGAAGCGAACUUGAGUAUGCUCAAAUUGCUCUUUUGCGAUGUGUUUAAGGAAACUCAGAAGAGCAAGUCUGAAAAGCUAACCAUGAUGCUGGUGCCCGAAAAAAUUCCAGGAUUCGCCCGUCUGUUCUGCUCAAAGCUCAAGCCUGCUGAUAGUGCUUGCUCACCCAACGCCAAAGAGGUUUUGUCUUUGCUGGUGUCUGAUAUCCAAGAUAUUAUCAUACGAUCCGAGAACCCUGACUUUACGAUUCCUUCAUUACUGACUCAAUUCGGCCUAUGUUUGCCCAUCUGCAUUGCAGAAAAGCUCCACGACAUUCUCUACACCAUUGUAAAAGUUAUACAGAGAUUAGCUACUUUUUUUGAUACGGCUGCAGAUCAGUUGACCAAGGAAAUCAAGCGCAAUCUGGCCAACUCAAUUGUAUACAACUUGAUAUCAGUUUUUGCACUAUACAAUUUCAAGAAACCACCAUCCAUGUACUACGUUGUAGAAGAACACUCAGAGACAAUGCACGCCAGUUCCAGUGAUAUCAUUCGUUUGGCUCAAAAGUAUUCUACCAUGCCUCGCGAGAUUGCUGAAGCAAUUGAAUAUGAAAAGACACCACCGCAAGCCCGAGAUACAGUGCUUUGUGUAUUGUCCGUUUUAUCUACUGUGGGUGCUGGCUACACUAAAUCGACACUCGCGUUUCUCCUGACUGACAUGGCAUUCCUCAACUUGCUUUCUGUUAACACGCCGCUUGAUAUUCUUGACAAGGCAUGUGCAGUGCUUGGAUUGAGUAUGGGAGACAUGGAUUUGAUAGACCUAGAAAUCACUGCUUGCGAUAACAAGCCACUGUUUGUUGUCACUCAACUAUGCGGGCUGUUACUUAUCGAAGAGCCAUCUGACUAUCAUCCACCUACAAGAUCCAACAAGCAAAGUGAUAAGAACUCCCCUUCACAAUGGUACUCUGUGUGUAAGAGAGUAUGCAAUCUUCUCAAGUGGGUGGCUAUGUUGAAGCUGCCUGACAGCAUUGCUCUUCUCAACAAAAAGACCAUUUUAUCAGAUAUCAUUGCUUUUUCAAUGCGUUGUUGUGCAUUUGACCCGAGCGAUAAAAGAACAGAUCAUAUUCGCAAUCACGAAGCACUGGUGCAGAGUGGUUGCCAAGCAUUGCUGACUGUUGUCAAAUCAGAUGCAGAUGCACAGUUGCUCGACGAAGACACGGUUACAAAGCUACGCAACUUGGUUAUCUUUUAUGUUGACAAAAAUGACGACUGCCACCCUGCCAAAAUCCCACUUUUGGGCAUUGAAAAAUGGCUGGAUCAUUUAGAAAAGUAA